AUGGCCCUUGUCCAUCCCCCCUCGACCAAGCCUAUCGCAGAACACGUUCAUCUCCCAUCCUCAAUCAUGGAAAUGCUUCGUCGUCCUGAACCUAUAAACCCACCUGCGUGGAUUCGUAUGGGCGGGGAGAUCAGGAGUGAGACGCUUGCCGUGCCCCAUCGUGGGGGGAAGCUACAUCGAGAUGUCCACUUUUUCGUUCCCAACGCAAAUCAUCUCUCAAAACGAGGAAAAGGGAAUAUUCCUCUAUUAAUUGCCUAUCACGGAAGCACAGAGCAUGGCUUGCUCUUUCGGGCGUCGACGUCCAGCUACGCAUACGAUGAGCUUGCAUGCGAAGAGGGCUUUAUUGUGGCAUAUCCAGACGGCAACUGGAACGAUGGUCGAGUGAAAGCCGUAUUUCCAGCUUCCUUGGAGAACGUUGAUGAUUUAUCUUUCACCAAGGCCGUUAUCGACCACGCGGCAAAGCAUCUUGGAACCUCACAAAAGCGUACGCUCCUAGUUGGAUUCUCGAAUGGUGGAAAUCUGCUCCUUCGGAUGCUCUAUGAACCUUUGGCUCCACCGAUUGCUGGAAUUGCGUUGCACUGCGCGUCCCUCCCAGAGCAAGAAAACAGCACCGUGCUCUUUAACCCUUCAGAAAAGAGUCGCGUGCCUGUCAUUCUCAUCCACGGCACGGCAGACCCGGUGAAUCCAUACGAAGGUGGAAACUCUGUGCUUGUCCGUCUUGCGCAUGGAAAGGCUCUUGGCGACCGUGGCCUGCACAUGGGCUGUCUUAGAACGGCCCGACAUCUGGCGAGGAACUGGGGUAGUGAGAACGAGGUCAUUGAAUACCCUGGAAAACUUUCGCCAAGCCUUGUGGUCGAUGAUUGGAUACGACAGGAAGAUGAGGACGCGCUGCGUCCGGUAGUGCGACUCGUUUCCUUGGUCGGUGAAGGACAUCACAUCUCUGUUCCCGGUGGCUCGUAA